GGCCCGUUCGAGAGUUGCCAGAUCUCGCAACCUGUCUAUGUUUUGUUAAUUGUUGAUAAAAGGAAACCCCGAGGCUGUUUCGAGGAGCAGGCAUCAUGGCCAGCAGCAAGGAGUUGUGCUCCAUCCGGGAGUGGGCACCUCUGACGGAGCUGAUCGACCGCAUUCCAGCAAGACUGCAGCGGGGGUUCUUUCCGGCGAAUCUCAACCUGACCUGUGUGGACGCCUCCGAGGACUUCCUGGCAGUGGGCAGUGACGCGGGCAUUGUUUUCUGGCACAAUCGCCGUACGGGCGAGAUGCAAAAGCUAAAGGCAGAGGUUGCUACCCGAAUAACGUGCGUGCGGAUCGUGAACUCGGUGGAGUUUAUGGUGGCAGCUGGGUGCGCCAAUGGCCAGGUCAGCGUAUUCCAAAUACAGAAGGAGCUACCGCGGGACCUCGACCUGGUGGCCCCCUGCACUCGGAAUCGUCCCAUCGAACGCUACACCAUCAGGGACUUGCACAAGUGCGUGGUCAGCUGCUGCGAAUGGUCAAAAAAUGGAAUGAAGCUCUACUCCGGUGAUCGCCAAGGUGUAGUGGUGCUCACGGAAUUCGAUUACCAGGCGCAUCUUAGCAAGUCCGUGGAGAUUCUCAGUGAGGCGUACGAGAUCGUGCAACUCAGUAUCCAUCAACGACAUCUACUUGUGUGCACCCUUUACCGGUGCAUCGUCUGCCAUCAAGAUCCGUCCACGGCUCAGUGGAGCAUAACUCAGGUGGGCAAGAAGGACCGCAAGCAGCUUAUCGAUUGUGGCGGCAUAUUUCUCCAGAAACCUGGGAACAACGGGCCCCAGCUCAUUUGUGGUCGUCCAGGGCUCCGUUUUUGGGUUGCAGACCCGUCUGGUAACGUAUCCAAAACCAUACUGUUCCGGGACGCUGUAAUGCGGAGUCCCUCGUGGGAGAUACCAAUCCUCAAUCCGAAGCACCGCAGUGAUUCAUCAAGCAGCCAUCAUCCGCCAGCAGCUGCGGCUUUCGGUCCACUGGGACCAUCUGGCACCGGGGACACCGCCAUGGGUUAUGUGGCUAGUAGCAACUUUCGGCAACUUUACUUGUACAACAGCCACGACUCGCUGCUAGUAACACACGAUGAUUCCACCCUAUAUCUUUUGAACCUGGAUCGUCUUAAGGUCGAGGCCGUAGCACGUGGAUUCCGAAAGAUUCUCGACUUUUGCGUCUGUGGUAAGGAGAUUUUUGUACUGGAGGGGGAACGCUCUCUUCUACGCUUGGCUCCACUUCCCGAGCCGCCUUGCAAGACCACGAAGGUUAUUUUCAAUCCUCUCAUGCCGCCUCCCAUUCCUGUUUUGGGAGCAUCUCACUUUUCGCAGCUGGAGUCACCGCCUGAGGUGGAAGCGGAAGUCGCUCUUCAAAAAGCUGAGGAAUGCUUCGAGCUACCAGCUGAAGAGCAGCUGGACCUCAAUGUUCCUAUUGAGCUGGCAGUGGAAUCACCACUGGCCCAGCAAAAUCGUCGUCUGGAAAUAUUCCGUCGCAUUGGAGAGAUGGAGUUUGAUCCGUCCAUCGUCCACUCCAGCAGAAAAACAUCCGUCGUUAAUCCGCCGGUGAACACUAGUUUGGGUAUCGUAGAAAUCGGUCAUGAGACAAAAGAGCUUCGAUUACCUCUAACUAAUGCAGCCACAUUAAUGGAUGCCAGCUACUGUCAGCUGGAAAACAAUGGACUUGCCUCGCCGUUGGACAUGAAGGCUGCUCUUCUACAGCAUCUGCCAGAAGUCCUCAGCCCAACCGUAUUGGAGGAGUCCACUGAAUCCAAGACUAAACCGCUGCCCGAAGAACUGCAUCUGCCAGACGUACAACUGAUGGAACCUACCAAAGAUCAGAUGCGGUCUCCUGAAACUCCAAAGCUCAGUGAGUCACUGAUCAAAUGUUAUCCCACGCAACUGGACGAGGCCUGUGUACAGAACGUCGUCGAAGAUAGCAUCGUUGAUCGCGGUGAGGAUUAUUACGCUGGCCAGCCCGUAGAUGGUAUACAAGCCUUGGCACCAUCAAAGCCCAAGGUGGCACCUUUAAAAUUCGUAAAGACUCAACCCAAACCGGCGUUGGCUGUGGAGGAUGGCGAGGACGGAGAGUACUCCAGUUUCCUUCCCGAUUUUCGGCGGGCAGGAGAUCCGCUGCGAAAAGAAGCACCAGCCACAAGCGACUCCAACACAUCUAGCGAGUGGGAGUUUCUGGACAACUAGUUCAGUAUUAUCCAUAAGUGCACACAAUUAGUUGCCUAUUAUUUUAUUAUUUUGUGCACUUGAUGUUUCCAUUUAGUUGCAUUAUUGAAAAAAAGUGUUGUGUUUAUCAAAUUGUGAUCACCAUUAUUUAUACAUUUUUCUAUACGAUUGUAAAUAAUUUAAGACAUAAGCUUAAAGGUUUUUGCCAACUUAAUCAUCUCACCAUGUAUUAGAAACCCAAAUAGUUUAGCAUUGGAAAAGACACCUGUGAAAUUAUAUAAAUUAUGAUCUAUCAGUAUACCCUAAGUUGCCUAAGAUAUUCAAAUGCUUUAAGUAUAUGCCACAUAAGUUCAAGGUCGCUUUGCAUACACAAAAUAUAUUUAUUUUAUACAAAUGCAA